CUUGUAGUAUUGUCGACCUGUAGCUUGAAUCAGUGGAGCUUGGACUUCGAGGGCAACCAAAGGAGAAUUCUAGAGAGUAUUAGAAUUGCUAAAGACCGUGGAUCAUCACUACGUAUCGGUCCAGAAUUGGAAAUUACUGGUUACGGGUGUUUGGACCACUUCCUCGAGAGUGAUCUCUAUCUGCAUAGCUGGGAAUCGCUGGCUGAGAUCCUCCAAGACCCGGUUUCUUCGGACAUCUUGCUCGAUAUUGGCAUGCCUGUAUCCCAUCGAAAUGUUCGAUACAACUGCAGAAUCAUCAGCUACAACAAAGAGAUCCUACUGAUCCGACCUAAGCUAAGUCUUGCUAACGAUGGAAACUAUCGUGAAUUGCGUUACUUUAGUCCUUGGAAGGGGGAGCGGAUCGUCGAAGACUUCUAUCUACCGAGGAGCAUCCAAAAGAUUGUAGGCCAGAAGAAGACACGUAUUGGAGAUGCUCUUAUUAGCACAAGAGACUCAUGCGUGGGUACUGAGACUUGUGAGGAGCUUUUUACACCUAAAGCGCCUCAUAUUGGAGCUGGUUUAGACGGUUGCGAGAUUAUAUCUAAUAGCUCUGGAUCCCAUCACGAGCUUAGGAAGUUGAAUACCAGACUCGACCUCAUCCGGGAGGCAACUUUGAAGGCGGGAGGGAUCUAUUUGUACGCCAAUCAAAAGGGCUGUGACGGUGAUAGAUUGUUCUAUGACGGCUCCGCUAUGAUCAUUAUCAAUGGCGCCGUAGUUGGUCAAGGUUGCCAAUUCUCCUUAAGCGAUGUUGAAGUCGUUACAGCAACUGUCGAUCUCGAAGAUGUAAGAUCUUAUAGAUCAAGCAAAUCUAGAGCUCUCCAAGCCACGAAACAGCCUUCGUACGAGAGAGUUGAAGUUGAAAUGAGUCUGUCGAGCGAUCCAGAGGAUGUGGAUUUACUCGUUCAGCCCUCACCUCCCCGCGACGUGCGAUUUCAUACCCCUGAAGAAGAAAUCAGUCUAGGGCCGGCGUGUUGGCUAUGGGAUUAUUUAAGGAGGUGCAAACAGGCAUGCAUCGAUUCUUGUGCUACCGCCGUUAUCGUCCACUCUAUGUGUCGACUUGUCUAUGGCGACAUUGCAAAGGGUAAAAAUCCUCAGGUGCUAAAAGAUCUAUUGAACAUCGUAGGCGAACCGUCGACGAGUUCUUGGGUGCCAAAAUCUUCGCAGGAGAUUGCGUCUCGACUGUUUCAUACCGCCUAUCUAGGCAUGCAGGAGAACAGCUCCCCUGAGACUCGCUCGCGAUCAAAGAAUCUUGCCACAGAGAUCGGCUCGUAUCACCUUGAUUUAAACAUCGACGGCCCAUACAAAGCAAUAGUGUCGCUAUUCUCCUCGGUAACCUCCUAUGUUCCAAAGUACAAAGUGUAUGGGGGUACCAAUGCUUCUAAUCUCGCCCUGCAAAAUAUUCAAGCUCGUCUUCGAAUGGUAUUGAGCUACUUAUUUGCUCAACUUCUUCCAACGGUUCGUGGACGAAAUGCUCACAACCUAGAGAGUUCUUCCCCUGGAGGGUUACUUGUCUUGGGAAGUGCGAACGUAGAUGAGUCACUGGUUAGUACUUCUCUUUUCAUUCUCGAGUCAUGA